AUGUCUGCGGAGGAAAGGGUGGAUGAGCAAGACGGCGCCGCCGUCCACGGCGACAUUUUGGAGUCUAUUCUCUCCCACGUCCUUCUCAUCGAUCUGGCCUCCUCCUCUUGCGUUUCACGUGGUUGGGAACGCGCCGUUUCAUCAUUUCUCUCUCAUUUCAACGCCCUCAAACCAUGGCUCCUCCUCCACUCUUCUUUCACCGCCGCCUACGACCCCCGCUCCGCCGUCUGGAUGGACAUCAACUUCCGCCCAUCGGUCACACCCGCUGCCCCCCUCCAUUCUUCUCACUCCACUCUACUCUACACACUCACCCUCUCCCAGUUCUCUUUUUCAAUCGACCCCCUCCAUCUCAGGUGGCAUCACGUGGAACCCCUGACAUGGUGUGUCGAUCCAAUCGUUGCCUUCGUUGCCCACAGAGUCAUCAUCGUCGCCGGCAGGUGCGACUUUGUCGACGAAGCGCCGGCCGUUGAAAUUUACGAUUUGGAAUCCAAAAUGUGGGACACGUGCGGUGAAUUGCCCUCAAUUUUUGCCGAAUUCACGACUGCCACGUGGUUUUCCGUUGCUGUUGACGAAUAUAAAUUGCACGUCAUGCAUAAAUAUUCUGGGACGAUAUUUUCGUUUGACCCGAUAAAUAAAUCGUGGGCCGAACCAUAUGAACUGAAACCCGACCCGGAUGUAUAUUCGUCGAUAAUCGGAUUUGCCGACGGCAGAAUGGUGGUUGUGGGACUAAUGGGAUCGCCAGAGGAUGUUAAAAGUGUGAAGAUAUAUUAAGUGGCCGUUCAAUUUUCGGAAUGGAGGGAAAUUGGGGAAAUGCCGAAGACAUUGGUUGAGAAGUUGCAGGGAGAUAGUGCAGAAAUGGCGUGGAUCGGAUUGUCGUUGGCGGAAAAUUUCAUAUUCCUCCACCACGGAUCGGACCCGGUGGGGGUGAUACAAUGCAAGGUAGUUGGCGGCGGUUGUAGGUGGGGAAUCGUACAUAUAGUGGUGGAUGACCGGACCCGACUUCGGCGGUUGGCGUUCACCAGUUCCAAUGUCGGCAUCGAAGAUUUGAAGAAAGCACUGAGAUUGGAAACUCCACGAAUCACCAUCAAGAUCAAAGAUUCUGACGGUGACUGAGUCAGAUCGUUUUUGUCCCG